CGGCGCGCGGCGCUGUUACAAAGCAGACACGUACAUUUUUUCUCCGUACUAUUUUGCUCGUAAUGAGUGUAAAAACCAAAAGUUUCACGCUGUGUGUUACACCAAUGUGUGGUCAUUUAGUUCAGCAACGUGACUGUGAAAACCGUUCUUAUAAAUACUUCAUAGUGUUAAAGUUAUAAGCAAUUUAAUUUUGAAAAUUUUAACCAACGGACAUACAUCGCUCGCCGCCGCUUGCGACCGGUGACCGGUGCGUGUGGUGAGUCAUCUGCAACGCACGGAGACCGCCGCGGCCCGCGGCCCACUGACACAGGAGCGAAGCGGACGUUCACACAAGCGCAAAGGACUUAAUAAAAGCAAACAUGAAAUACGCAUGUUGCAAAUCUACCGCUGAUGGCGCUUCGGGGGCGGUUGUGUGUACCAAGUGCAAACAAAAUUUUCAUCUGGCAUGUUUAUAUCCUACGGAUAAGAAAAAAAUCAUCAGUGCAGAGCUCAAACAAAUCUGGGUUUGCCCGGACUGUUCGGUGAAUCAACCACGGUCGGCAAAAAGCGACAAUACUCCGGUUAGAGGAUCUCAGACUGGUUCGCGCCCCCAACCAUCGGACAGGGAAAAUGUGAAUCAUCGUAGAGGAGGUUCUCGUUCGGACUCUCCUCCUGUUUCAUCACCGCUAGAAAGUUCCCAUGCCAUGCUAGUGAGCAUAGACACCGUCAAAAGCUUUAUAGCAUCUGAAAUGGCUGUCAUGAGGUCCGAACUGCGCAAGGCCAUCUCUGAAGCAAUUGCUAGGGAACUGAAGCCAAUCAGGGAGGAGAUUGCUAGCAUCAGGGAAUCUAUGGAAUUUAUUAAUAACCAGCAGGAAGCUAUGACGAAGAGAGUUGAUAAUCUUGAGAAGGACAUUAAGUCGAUCGGUAAUGUCAAAUCAGAUAUUGGCGCGAUUAAAGAAUCAAUCGCUAGUCAUGAGAACGGAAACGAUAAGCGGGAGCAGUGGGCGAGGCGGUCGAACAUUGAAAUUUUUGGUGUUCCAGAAAGAAAAGGAGAAAACCUUAUGAACGUUUUAAGAGAUAUUGCUGGCCACGCCCAGUUUCCGUUGGACCCUUCUAAAGACAUUGAUUUUGUUACUCGUGUUGCUCCCAAGAGCAGUGAUCGCAAAACUAAGCCAAUUGUUGUCCGUUUCUUGGCACGCUGGAAGAAGGAUGAGUUCUUAGCCACUGUAAAAAAACUGAGACUUAAAAGCACUGAUAUUAAAAUUUCAGGUGAUUCAUUUAUUUAUUUCAAUGACCAUUUAACAAGUACAAAUAAAGCCUUAUUGCAGCGUGUCAAGGCAAUUUGUAAAGAAAAAUCCUAUAAAUACGUAUGGGUUAAACAUUGUGCGAUAAAAGUGCGACGCUCCGAUACGUCCCCCGUAAUUAAUAUAUCUCAUGAAUCUGAUUUAAACAAAAUCAAAUAGGCCAUCUUUUUUAUGAUACUAUUAAUGUCCAAGCUAAUGUUUUUUACGGGUUACUUAAUCUCAUUGUUAACAUUGUUGACGUUGUGGAUGCGAACUUGUCCGCGAGUCGGCAGGCUAAGUAUAUUUAUUAUCAUUAUUUUUAUCUCGGUGGUUACUACUUUUUGCUAUUAUUUUGGGGUGUUCCUGUCUUAUUACUGCUUUAUUUAGUUUUAGUAAGGAUCAAUCUAUUUAUGUAUUAUUCUCUUGGUAUCAGUUAAAUGGAUACUUCUAAAAAUAUAUCUGUGUACUACCAAAAUGUUCGUGGUUUACGUACAAAAACAAAUAUUUUCUUCCGCAAUAUUAUUGAGGCCGAAUAUCAUAUUGUUUGUCUUACUGAAACAUGGCUACUGCCGGGAAUUUAUGACUCAGAAUUAUUUGAUUCGCGCUAUAAUGUGUAUCGAUGCGACCGCGACUACAUCUCUCGAGGAAACCAACUAGGCGGUGGUGUACUCAUAGCAGUGCGCAGGGAUCUCUCGGUAUACUCAUUCGGGGUUAUGACUAUGCCUGAAGCGGCAGCUGAAGUAGUCCAGGUAUCUAUUAAAAUUAAAUGUUCUUCCAAGACAGAGUUGGUUCGUAUAUUAUGUGGCUAUUUCCCACACUGUACCCUACACUUUGACUGCUUAUGUGGCUUUUUUGAAAACGUAUCUGACAUCGUUCUAAAUAAUCCAAAUGACCAUUGUCUCAUAUUAGGUGACUUCAAUAUACCUUCAGCACAAUGGUCUCGCAGUGGGUCUGAACUGUUGAUUAAUGUUUCAUCCAAGGACCACGAUAAUCUGACUCAGGCUCUACAAAGCUUCCUAAGUUUUACGAAUCUGAAACAAUUUAAUGACAUACCCAAUGUAAAUGACAGAGUUCUUGACCUUGUUAUCAGUGAUAGAAAUUGCGUGGUUGGACGAUGUAGAGAACCGCUAAUAAAUGAGGAUGCCCACCAUCCCGCUCUGGAUGUGAACGUGCAAUCCUUAUCUUUGCGUUCAUUUCCAUCUAUACCGCGGACCGUUCCUCUUUUCGGUAAGGCUGACUAUGACUGCAUUAACAAUGCAAUUAUGUCCAUUGACUGGCGGUUUUUAGAUCAUAGCACCGACAUUGAUAUGGCCGUGGUGAGAUUUUAUGAGACAAUAAACGAUGUUAUCUCAAAAUACGUCCCCACUAAAACUUUUAAAAGCGAUAAUCGCUACCCGCCCUGGUUUUCAUCUGCUCUUAUUAAGAUAAUUAAAGAAAAGCUUAAAUACCACAAAAAAUGGAAGAUUUACCAUCGUCAAAGCGAUUACGAUACUUUUUGUCUCCUGCGCGAGCGGCAGAAGCGGGUGCAAAGGGAAUGUUAUGACAAAUUCAUUUUUAAUGCAGAAAUAAAAAUAAAAAUAAACAGCAAAUAUUUUUGGACAUUUGUUAAAUCAAAAAAAUCAUCUUCCUGUCUACCAGAUACAAUGUUCUAUAAUGAAACUGUAUCUACCGAUGGGAGGGAUAUUUGUGACUUGUUUAACAAUUACUUUCGCUCAGUUUUUGAACCCUCUGUUUCGGACUAUACACAAGCUGGACUCUUAAACGAUUCAAAUCCAUUAAAAGUGAUUAGUACUAUUGAUAUCGCUGCAGACACGGUGGAGAAAUACUUGAAAUUACUUGAUAUUACUAAGGGGUGUGGGCCUGAUGGCAUUCCACCCAUCUUUCUCAAACUCUGUAGCAAAUCUUUGGCUUACCCUAUAUGUAUUUUAUUUAAUUUAUCCUUGGCUAAGGGUACAAUGCCCGAUUUAUGGAAGCAGUGUCAUGUCGUUCCGAUUUACAAGUCUGGCGAUAGACACAAUGUUCAAAACUAUAGGCCAAUUUCUAAAAUUAGUACCAUACCUAAACUAUUCGAAAAAAUUAUUUACGAUGUAAUUUAUCCAAUUUUGAGGCCUGUAAUUGUACCUCAACAGCAUGGCUUUAUUAAUAAAAGAUCAACAGAAACCAAUCUUUGUGAAUUUGUUCACCGAGUUUCAGUGGCAAUGGACAAGGGUUACCAGAUGGAUGCUGUGUACACAGAUUAUUCCAAAGCUUUUGACAAGAUCCCGCAUUCGACUCUCGUUCAAAAGAUUAGUGACAUGGGUAUUCAUGGCGACCUUCUGCGAUGGUUUGAGUCCUACUUGAAGCAGCGGAGUCAAGCGGUUACCAUCAAAGGUUUCUGCUCUUCGUUUGUGCCUGUAUCCUCUGGGGUACCCCAAGGCUCUCAUCUGGGCCCUCUUUUAUUUAAUUUAUUUAUCAAUGACAUCGUAUCAAUUUUUAAAAACACUGACAUUCUAAUUUACGCUGACGACAUGAAAAUUUUUAAACAAAUUAAAUCACCUUACGAUUGUGUUUUACUGCAAAAUGACCUUGACGCGCUUUGUGCUUAUUGUAAUUUUAAUCAUUUGACUCUCAAUAUAAAUAAAUGCAAUUCUAUCUCGUUUUCGCGGAAAGCGAAGCCGAUUGACCAUCAUUACCACCUAAAUAACAUAGUUCUUCAAAGAGUGACAGAGGUGAGAGAUCUGGGAGUUCAUUUAGAUUCCAAAUUGACA